AUGGGGAUAAGUUUACUAAUUAUUCAGGCGUCUCUAUCACCACAGUUGGAUGUGGUGGGUGGCCUGGUUCGCAACAGCUGCAAAGAACUGGCCCAGGCGGCAGUGGGUUCGUACCGACGCGAAGGUGCCUCCAGCAAAACGGCUGCCGUGAGUCCGCCUGCCGUGAGAUGGGGGUAUGCUUCCAUUACCAAAACCUUGGUGGGGGUGGUGAUGCAAAUGCUGAUGGCAAAUGAAAGUUUGCCACGGAUUUCGUGGAAUGACAAGCUGCAUCAAUGGUUGCCAAUAGCAGCUGGCACAGCCUACGAGAAUGCGUCACUCCUCGACGUCGCUUCACAUACUGCUUGCCUUAUCUCUGAGGGCGCACCGAGAUCGCAAGAACUCGUCCUGGAGGCCUGGGCGCAGUACACAGUCGGCGGAAUCCCGGCAUCUCGUGCCGUUUAUGUGAACAACAGCCUGCAUCAUCCACCCCUACCAAACUGCACCCCUGAGCUGAACACUGAAAUGACUUAUGUUCACUUUGAUGGCGUGGAGAUCUUGGCUUUGGUUGAGGAAACCAUCAGUGGUUUGGACUUCCGAGCUUUGACCAAGACCUUGAUCUUCGAUCCACUGGGCAUGUCCACUGCAGAAGUGAUGGAUGGCAAUGCAGCAGGAGGCCUCCGAUCAACUCUCACCGACCUGGGCGUCUACGGCCAGUGGCUUUUGGACGGUUACAACAACCAGCAGGACGCCGUCGCAAAAACGGGCUUGAAACACCAGGACUUUGUGGACCUGUUGUCGCCCAUCCACAAGCAUGGUGUAGAACAAACCUAUGGGCGGACCUUUAGAAUCUACUCCUUUGAUGGGCGACGGGCGGCGGGGCAUGGUGGCUGUUUGGGUGCGUCCUUCGAUGUUCUGCUUGAUGACAACCUGGUGAUGGUCCUGGCUUUUACGCCGGAAGAUGCGGCCUGGAAGACUUGUGACCUCACCGAUCACUGGGCUGCAAUCCUCUGGCCCGCGGUUUACAGCAUGUAUAGCGCUUUCACCGCUUGUGAUCGAAGGCCGUCGCAUUUGUGCAAUGCAACGGCCGUGGACGGCACAGCCUUGACAUGCAAGCUUACUGACAACUUCAACUUGGACAGUAGUACGUUGGAUGUGCCUUUCAAGAAGACGAGUUGCCGUGAAGAAGACUUCGCGGACAGGGUGACAGUGUCGUUGUCCACCUAUUUGGCAACUUACGUUGAAAGGUGGGGCAAGGCCUUUGUGAUGUUGGAUGACUGCCAAUGGUCGAUUGUGUCCUACUGGCCUGAUCCAUGUGUUUCCAUGCGCGAAAGCUUCAAGCUUUGCGCCCAAAACAAUUGGGACUGUGGUGUGUACAUGGUGGGCAACCACACUUACAACCCGUCAGAUUUCCCUUGUCGCUGUGGUGUCUUUGUGGCCGGGAGCUGCUCUCAGCAGUCUCCGUUGCAGUGUGGGAGUGGGGCAGCGGCAGCGGACAUCAACACGACCUGCUUACUUUCCGGUCCUACUCCUACUACUUCGAGUUCAACCACCGAGGCUUUGGGUUUGAGCACCGGGACAUCCACAGCAGCAACGAAUUUCAAUGCAUCGGGGAAUGGCCUGGCUUCGGCAAGCGGCCAACGCUCGGCGGUUUUAAGCCUCACCUUUUGGCUGGUCAUCAGCCUGAGAUAG